AGUGAGGCUUCCUUUGCUGCCCUGGUGUGGCUACUGGCGCGUGGUCCGCCUUGAGCGGACGUUAAAUUUUCCCGAAGGAUUUACUGCGGUAGUCCGAAGGAUUUACUAAGAUUGACAACACUAUUUCUCUGGACAAGCGAAUCACGCUAGAUCUCUGGCUAGAGUCGUAACGGCCGCUGCUGAGUAUCUAACACACAGCAAGCUAGACCGACUCCAAAGUGGCCGUUCAUACGGAAUGGCUCCAUCUGCGGCCGCACAAUGUCCUAAGCGGUCCUCCGAUGAGGACUCGAACACGAGUAAUCUCUCUCGAUCCAGCACGUGGAGUAGGUCAUCCAUGACAUCGCCCGAAUCCGAUUCAUUCCGACCCAGCCACUUCGAUCCUACCAGUCUCGUCGAUGGAAUCCCACACACUCCCCCGAUGCGAAUCCCGUCGCAAUCACCAGGGAGGAUAGCUCAGCGGAGGAAUCAGGAGGAUAUUCCACUACCCGAGAAACGGCUAGACUUCAAUCAAGUGCAGGAGAACGCUUCCAAGAAGAAAAAGAAGAAGCGAGGUAUGAAACCUGGCGCUCCCGCUACGACGACUGUUCGUGGAUUCUACACACCCGUCACGUCAGGCGGCGAGGAAUCGGAGUCAUCGGUAGCGAACACGCCGAGAGUGGGACCGACUCUCACUGACCUACCGAGCAUCACGAGUAGCCCCGGACUCAGGCCAACUUCCGCCGCUGGACAGGUCAGCGCGUUGCAGCUUCAACUUGCAGCUUUGAACUCCAGGACUGAUAGUCGCGCGUCAACACUGCGAACCGUGAACAAUAGCGGAUACGGCACGCCUCGAUCCGACUCUGAUCGGGGAAGCGAUGGGGAGAAGUAUGCAGCCAAGACGCGGACGUGCGACGUAGAAGUGCCGCUUGAGCAAGACUUCGUUAGUGCUCAAGUUUCCCUCGGUGCAAAUGCGAUAGGGACGGAGUCUCAGCUUAGCAAUGGCCGCGAGAAGAUGACAGAAGACGACUUCACUGCAUUGAAGUAUCUUGGCAAAGGAGCAUACGGAACGGUCUCGCUGGUCAAGCACAAGGAGUCGGGCAGGUUGUACGCCCAGAAACAGCUCCGCAAGGCAUCUCUCCUUGUGUACAAGCAGCGCGCCGAGAACGCGAAAACCGAACGCAACGUCCUCGAAAGCAUCAACCGACACCCCUUCAUCGUUAAGCUCUUCUACGCCUUCCAAGACCAAGAGAAGCUGUACCUUAUCCUGCAAUAUGCGCCGGGCGGUGAGCUCUUCCAGCACCUCCGCGAGGAGCGCAUGCUCCCAGAGACCACUGUCUCCUUCUACAUGGCGGAGAUGAUCCUCGCGCUGCACUAUCUCCACAGCGAAGUCGGCGUCGUCUACCGCGACCUGAAGCCCGAGAACUGCCUCCUCGAUGCGGAUGGCCACCUCCUCCUCACGGACUUCGGUCUCUGCAAGGAACGCAUCAACGACGGCGAGCGCUGCAGCACCAUGGCCGGCACCGUCCCGUACAUGGCACCGGAGAUGAUCGACGGCCGCUCAUACGGCUUCUCGGUCGACUGGUGGGCGCUCGGGGCGAUCGGCUACGACCUGUUGACCGGCUCCUACCCUUUUAAAGGCAACAACGACAAGGCGCUCCGAACGAACAUCGUGAAGGCGAAGCUGAACCUCCCGUACUACCUCAGUCCCGACGCGAAAGACCUGCUCACCCGCCUGAUGCGCAAGGAGCCCAACAAACGCCUCGGCGCGCACAUGCCGAAAGACCUGGACACGUUAAAGAAGCACCGGUUUUUCCGGGCGAUCGACUGGCGGAAGUUGGCGCGGCGGGAGGCGGAGCCGCCGAUUCAGCCGCUGAUCACCGAUCCGGAGUUGGCGGAGAACUUCGCGCGGGAGUUUACGGAGGUGCCGGUGGAGGGGCCGGGAGGGGGGAUGCGGGCGGGGAUCGAUGAGAUGUAUUUUCGGGAGAAUGGGGGCGAUGGGGUGGGGUUGGGGGUGGAUGUCGAUAUGGAGGAUCCGUUUGGGGGGUUUAGCUUUACGGCGAGCGAGAGUUUGUUGGAGACGGGUGAGUUUUUUUGUUGAGGGGUUCGUGCGUUGUGCGAUUUUACAGCAGUUCGAUGGCAAACAUUUUGUGAGCAAAUGCCGUUCCGCGAAGGAUUCGGGUCAAAUUCAAUUUCGCGUGUUUGGAGGAAUCAAAUCUAUUCUUUUUUGGUUUGCAUGUAUCCAUUUAUCUCAGUGCUGCCGGACCAAGGAAACUUCACAACCGCUCGUAU